AUGAGUGGUCUACGCACUGUCCUGAUAUCUACUGGGUUUGUCGGUGUGGUUGGCAUUGGAUAUGGAAUGUGGUCAGUGAUUACCCCAGGAGAGGAAAGGAAGAGGGAAAUGCUCAAGGUAGGCUGCUAUCAAAGUACUUGACUUGCACAGCACUGACUUUUUAAACCGAGCAAAGGACUGCUUGACCUUUUAAUCAAAUGUGUAUGAUUUGUGCAUUACAUUUUGUUUUUGCAAAUGGGAAAUGGCUUGCCAGUAGUUUCACCUAUCGGAUAUAGAUAGGGACAUGACGCUAUGGUUGUCUCUCUUUGCCCACUUGUCCAGCAGUAGGUUUUCCUCCUAGUGGUGCUUAAGUAGUUCCCAAACUGGGGGGUGCGAGGGGUCGGUGUAAGAACAAUUUCGAAAUUGGGUAGUACAUCAGCAGUUUUCCUCUCAUGUCAGUCAUUGCAGACCUUGGAGAGCUAUUUAUAACUUGUCAGAAAUGUCCAGAUCAACUAGCCCAUGUCAACUAGGUUUUUUUUGCUAGGUUUUUUAGCCCAUUGAUUUUGUUGUAAUGUUUGAAUCACUGGGAUAUCACAUGAACACACAUAAGACAUGGCAAAAUGUGUAGAAUUGCAGGAAAUAAGCUUUAAACUUGCAAAAUGAUGGAAGGGAGGCCUGAGAGAAAAAGAUUUGGGAACCACUGGAAUUGACCAGCCAUAGAAUGGCAUAGUCUGUCACUAACACUCACCAGAGACAUAAGAGAAAGUGCAGAUAGAAAUGUGUCAUGUGGAUUGGAACAUGGAAUCAUGUCUGUUCUAUAUAUUUAAUUUCUAUCUGCAACCAUCUGCAAUUGCCUCCCACUGAAACAGGCCUCCUGAUGGUUUCCUGGUCAUAUUUAUACCAUCUAUGAGACGUGAUGUGUAAAUCAGUCAGCCAACUGAUCAAAAGGGGAAAGGAAUAAGAACCAGCAGAGCAGACAGUCUUCAAGAACAUUAUACCCUGCUUUGUUUUGGUGUCAACUUCUGUGAAAGAAUACAUGUUGCAUUAUUACAUUUACAUUACAUUUUCGUCAUUUAGCAGACGCUCUUAUCCAGAGUGACUUACAAAUUGGUGCAUUCACCUUAUGAUAGCCAGUGGGACAACCACUUUACAAUAUAUAUUUUUUUGUUUGUGUGUGCAUUAUCAGCCUUUUUCCAAUUUGACCAUCAGAAUCUACCGGAGGCUAACCCACUGAGAAUGGAGGAGACAAGGAAGAGGAAUGCCCUCAUGAUGCAG